AUGUAUGGUGGUGGUACACGUGGUUUAUUCCGGAAAGUUAUUCUGUCUUGCAACCCAACAACAUCUCCUGAUGAUUUCUUCCUCGGAGCAAUUUGUUGGUUCCGAGGUCCGGGAACCCAUGAUGCAGCCUUCAUGAGAGUAGGCCAAAAAACUCGGAGUUUUGCUCGAAAUGGAGCAUAUUAUGGAGCGAUUCGUGACAUUAUUUUUCAUAAUGAGUUGCUUUAUGUCCUGAAGGAAAGUUGUAGGAUUGUCGCAAUCGGCUUUAAGAGCAACCAUCCCAUUCAUGAAAUUGUAUUUGGUAGCCACAAUUCCCUUCCAUUCCUCGUUUCGAGGAAUGCAGACCAGCCUAGGACCUACAAUCUGCAAAGUUUUGGAAUAGUCGAGGUCCACAAGCUGGCGAAGAAGGCAAUCAAGAGCUCAAAGGACAAAGGAGAUUCUGAAUGGAUACAGAUAUCGGAGUUGGGAAGCAAUGAUUCCCUAUUUUGGGCUGAUCAUGAUGAUUAUUGCACUUCCGCAAUCUGUGUUCCUAACUUCAACCCGAAUUCCAUAUAUUUUACGGAUACUCUCGAAACAGAACAUCCCCUGUUCAUCCGUGGUGGUCGUCGCAUUCAUCACCACGACAUUGCCGUUUUUCGCAUGCAUCAUGAGAUUGGCAGCAAACUUGAAGGAUUUAAAGGUGACCAAAACGACCAAGUACCUGUGAUCUGGAUAACUCCAACUUUAUGUUGA